AAACCCUUCUCAUUUAUCACAUCCAACCAAAAACAGAAAAAAUAUUUCCCCCAAAACUGAUUUCACAAAAAUUAAUUCCACAAUGCCUAGCUCUCCUCUCCUAGCUCCCGCAGCUUGCCUCCUCCUCUGCCUCCUCGGCGGCGCCGCCGCUGCGGCGGUCCCGGCGGUGAUCGUGUUCGGAGACUCCUCGGUCGACGCCGGCAACAACAACCAGAUAUCCACCGUGCUGCGGAGCAACUUCCGCCCCUACGGCCGCGACUUCUUCGGCGGCCGCCCGACGGGGAGGUUCUCGAACGGCCGCAUUCCGCCGGAUUUCAUCUCGGAGGCGUUCGGUCUCCGGCCGUUCGUGCCGGCGUACCUGGAUCCGCAGUAUAACAUCUCCGACUUCGCCGCCGGCGUCUGCUUCGCCUCCGCCGGCACCGGAUUCGACAAUGUUACUUCGAAUGUUCUCAAUGUGAUUCCUCUAUGGAAAGAGGUGGAAUACUACAAGGAAUAUCAAAACAAGCUCAAAGCCUAUGUGGGUGAAGCAAAGGCCAAAUCCAUAAUAAAUGAGGCUCUCUAUUUGGUAAGCUUAGGCACAAAUGACUUCCUAGAGAACUACUACACGAUCCCGAACACGAGGUCGAAAUACACGACGGUCGAUCAGUAUCAGGACUUCCUCAUCGGCCUCGUGGAGGAGUUCUUGACGGGCAUCUACGGCCUCGGGGCCCGGAAGAUCUCGUUGACCGGGCUCCCGCCGAUGGGAUGCUUGCCCUUGGAGAGGUCAACAAACUAUGUCAAUGGGAAUGGGAAUGAGUGCAUGGAAGGGUACAAUGUUGUUGCCUUGCAUUUCAAUGAGAAGUUGGGUGGUUUGGUUGAGAAGAUGAAUGGGAAGAUGAGUGGGAUUAGGGUUGUUUUCUCCAACCCUUAUGGGAUUUUCAUGCAAAUGAUCAAGAAGCCUUCUCAAUUUGGAUUUGAAGUAGCAACAGUUGCAUGUUGUGCGACAGGAAUGUUUGAAAUGGGAUAUAUGUGCGACCAGCUGAACCCAUUUACAUGUACAGAUGCAAAUAAAUAUGUCUUCUGGGAUUCUUUCCACCCAACUCAGAAAUCCAGUCAAAUUAUAGCUGAUUAUUUGCUCAAGCAUAGUUUGCGUGAAUUUUUGUGAAAAAAAAAAAAUCUAGACUUGUUCGAGUCUAAUUUCGUAUUACUAGCACGUAUCUAGUUUCUGAGUUCAGUACGGUGUCGUUUUUGGGAUCGAUCGUCACCCACGUACGUAUCUAGGUUUUGAGUUCAGUACGGUGUCGUUUUUGGGAUCGAUCGUCACCCACAACUACUGCUACUCGAAGAUGCACCGCAUAAUAUCUCGACUUAGACGAGCUAGUGUGGUUAAUACUUGAUGUUGUUCGAGUUAUAUUUCAAUCUAUAUGUCAAUCUAUGUAUAUGUCAAUCACUCUUAUGUCUCCUACUUAUUGUUGUCUACUAUUAGUUUCUAAUGCUUGUUUUUUAAUUCUAUUGUCAA